AUGGAAGCUAUCAAACAGACCUUCGCGAAGUGCAAGGCGCAGAAGCGUGCAGCCCUUGUUGCCUACAUUACUGCAGGAUACCCCACCCUUGAGGAGGCGGUUGAUAUCCUCCUUGGUCUCGAGAACGGCGGAGCCGGUAAUUCAACCCCAAGUGAAAGUGAAAUUUGCUCGAUCUUUACUGACAUUCGGUCUCACUUUAUAGAUAUCAUCGAGCUUGGAAUUCCUUUCACAGACCCAAUCGCUGAUGGCCCCACUAUUCAGACUGCUAACACAAAGGCCCUUGAGAACGGUGUCACCCUCACUACCGUCCUUGAGCUUGUCCGCACUGCCCGCAGCCGCGGUCUGCAGACUCCUUUGAUGCUCAUGGGUUAUUUCAACCCUGUCCUCAAGUAUGGCGAGGAGCGUAUGCUCCGUGACUGCAAGGAGGCUGGUGUCAAUGGGUUCAUCAUGGUUGACUUGCCCCCGGAGGAGGCUGUCCGUUUCCGCGACCUCUGCUCGAGCGCUGGUCUUUCAUACAUCCCCCUCAUCGCCCCUGCCACCUCCGAUGCACGCAUGCGUCUCCUCUGCAAGAUCGCAGACAGCUUUAUUUACGUUGUUUCCCGCAUGGGUGUGACCGGUGCCACCGGCUCAUUGAGCGCAAACAUCCCCGAGCUUUUGAACCGCGUCCACGAAUACUCCGGCAAUGUCCCUGCUGCAUUGGGAUUCGGUGUCAGCACCCGUGAGCACUUCCUGUCCGUCCAGGAGCAGGCUGAGGGUGUUGUCAUUGGCAGCCAAAUUAUCACUUGCGUGGGCAAGGCCCCUGCUGGACAGGCUGCUAAGGCGGCCGAGGAGUAUCUUUCUAGCAUCACCGGACGCAAGCGUGAGCGUGACGCCACCGGUGCUUUCACCCGCGAGAUCAACGUGCUCGAGGCCGUUGAGAAGGCCCUGCCUUCGGGUCAGGUCCAACCUAGCAAGGUCAUCACCGAUGCCGAUACCCCCACCGGACCUGGUCUCGCUGACCAGAUUGAGGCCCUCAACGUCACAAAGGAUGCAUCUUCCCAGCCCUCGCGCUUUGGUGAGUUCGGUGGACAGUAUGUUCCGGAGUCUCUUAUGGAUUGCUUGAGUGAGCUCGAGCGCGGCUUUGACGUCGCCAAAAACGACCCAAAGUUCUGGGAAGAAUUCCGCUCGUACUACCCCUACAUGGGCCGUCCUAGCAGCCUUCACUUGGCCCAGCGUCUGACUGAGCACGUUGGCGGUGCCAACAUCUGGUUAAAGCGUGAGGAUCUGAACCAUACCGGAAGUCACAAGAUCAACAAUGCUCUUGGUCAGAUUUUGAUUGCCCGUCGCCUGGGCAAGACACGCAUCAUUGCCGAGACCGGUGCUGGUCAGCAUGGUGUUGCUACUGCGACAGUUUGCGCCAAGUUUGGCAUGAAGUGUACCGUUUUCAUGGGUGCUGAGGAUGUGCGUCGCCAGGGUCUCAAUGUCUUCCGCAUGAAGCUCCUUGGUGCCUCCGUUGUCGCUGUCGAGGCUGGAAGCCGCACCCUUCGUGAUGCAGUCAACGAGGCUCUCCGCGCCUGGGUCGUCGAACUUGAUACCACCCACUACAUCAUCGGCUCCGCCAUUGGCCCCCACCCCUUCCCAACCAUCGUCCGUACCUUCCAGUCGGUCAUUGGAAACGAGACAAAGGAGCAGAUGCAGGCCCAGGUUGGCAAGCUCCCUGAUGCCGUCAUCGCCUGUGUCGGCGGCGGUAGCAAUGCAACCGGAAUGUUCUACCCCUUCUCCGACGACCCCAGUGUCAAGCUCAUCGGUGUCGAGGCUGCCGGAGAUGGCGUCGAUACCAACCGUCACUCUGCUACCCUCUCUGGUGGUUCCCACGGUGUUCUCCACGGUGUACGUACAUACGUCCUCCAGAACGAGCACGGUCAGAUCUCCGACACCCACUCGAUUUCUGCUGGUCUCGACUACCCCGGUGUCGGCCCCGAGCUGAGCAACUGGAAGGAUUCCAAGCGCGCUACCUUUAUCGCCGCCGACGACAGUCAGGCCCUGGCUGGAUUCCGUGCUCUUGCUCAACACGAGGGUAUCAUCCCCGCUCUGGAGUCCUCGCACGCCGUCUGGGGCGUGAUGCAAAUCGCCAAGACCAUGGAGAAGGGCCAGAACAUUGUUCUCAACCUGAGUGGUCGCGGUGACAAGGAUGUACAGCAGGUCGCCGACGAACUCCCUCGUUUGGGACCUAAGAUCGGCUGGGAUCUGCGCUUCUAA